GAGAGAGAGAGAGAGAGAGAGAUCAGGCGAUAGGAUUAGCGUUACAGAGAUUGGUAACUGUACCUGCAAGACAUUCCAUUUUCUUACUCACACACGCAAUCCCAAUCAUCUUCAAAGGAAUUACUCUAGGGUUUUUAUCUCAUCGGAUUCAUCAAGGCUGUCAAGACGAUGUCAAGAUACGAGAUCAAGAAGACAAGUGGUCAGGAUUCUCGGCAUGGAGCAUUUUUGAAUGAUAUAAGUGACUUGAGUAAAGCUAUGUAUGAAGAUAAAACACAUUCCAGGGGGGUGAAUUCUACAGCCAGUAGUCGAUCAAAAUCCAUUGUAAGGCCUCAACUACCUGAAACCAAGUCAAAAGCCAAAGCGAAUGAAGAUCGAUUUUUGAAGGACAAGAAAUCCAUUUGGAGUUGGAAUACCUUGAAAUCGUUUACUCAUGUCCGCAACAAGAGAUUCAACUGUUGUUUCUCUCUUCAAGUCCAUUCAAUUGAAGGGCUGCCUCCAAGUUUUGAUGAUCUUACACUAUGUGUCAAGUGGAAGAGACGGGAUGGUGAGUUGAGCACUCGUCCUGCUCCAGUUCUGCAUGGUGUAGCUGAAUUUGAGCAACUUUUGACAAACACUUGCUCGGUCUAUGGUAGCAGGAGUGGGCCUCAUCACUCGGCUAAGUAUGAGGCAAAACACUUUUUGUUGUAUGCAUCCGUGUUCGGCGACCCUGAGCUUGACUUGGGAAAACAUAGGGUUGACCUUACUAGAUUACUCCCUCUUACAUUGGAGGAGUUAGAGGAUGAGAAAAGCUCAGGAAAGUGGACUACUACCUACAGGUUAUCAGGCAAGGCCAAAGGUGCAAGUAUAAAUGUCAGCUUUGGGUAUUCAGUAGUGGGCAAUAGUCCGAGUGAACCUACUAGGCACAACAGUAUCGGGAUAGUGAAAUCUCCCGGUAAGGCAUCUGGUCAAAGUCAAAUUCACCGACGUGAAAGUCUUCCUCUUAUAUCUAGUUCCCUGAGGCAUUCUGUAGAAGAUAUAAAAGAUCUUCAUGAGGUUUUGCCAAUAUCAAAGCCAGAACUUUCUGAAUCAGUGACUAUACUGUAUAAGAAAUUCGAAGAAGAGAAAUCAAUUAUAUCUGUUGACUAUGGAACCCAACGGGAUGUUCAAGUUGUACCUUUUGAACCCUCUAAUGCAGACUCAGAAUCUCCUGGUCCUGAUAGAAGUAAUAUUGUAAGUGAGUUUUCUGUCUUAGACCAGGGAAUAGAAUUUCCCAUGGAAGAAGAGCUAAAAGCAGAACAGGAUAAGAGGGAUCGUGAAGAAGGAAUUUUCAAUGGUUUUGAUUGUUCAGAUAGGCCAAAUCUGCACCCUGAAUCUUUGCUGGAAAAAAAAUCUGAAAGCCAAAAAGAAGAGUGCGUGGUAACUGAAAGCAAUACCACGGAGCAACACUUUGAUGACAAAGAGUCACUCCUGAAAGAAUUGGAGUCGGCCUUGAACAGUGUGGCAGACAUGGUGAAAGAAGAUUCUGAUUCUCAAGAAGAAACCGAAUAUCUGAAAGAACACGGGGGAGGGAAGGAAAUUGACAGUGUCGUAUGCAGCAGAGAAGCAGGUUUUGGAUACGAAGAAAGUGAGAACUUGGACCAAGAAACAUAUAUGGAGCUCAAAAUCGGUUAUAAAGAGAAAGGGAAGUCGCUCAAGUUGGAUUAUGCUACAGAGGCUGUGGCUGAUGAUUUCCUAAACAUGCUUGGGAUAGAGCACAGUCCCUUCAGCAUGAGUUCUGAAAGCGAGUCUAACUCUCCACGGGAGCGUUUGCUAAGGAAAUUUGAGAAGGAUUCCCUGGCCAAUGGUUCUUCCUUAUUUAACUUUAAUGUUGAUGAUGAUGAAGCAGGGUUCGGUGAUGACUCUCCAUCUGCUUCAUUGUGGGGCCCCAUACCUGAAGAAUUCAACACCUCAUCGAUGUUGCAUGCUUCUGAAGAUAUGCUUAAGUCGGGAAUCCAGGAAGCACAGAACAAGACAAAGGCAUCCGUCUUGGAAGACUUGGAGACAGAAGCUUUGAUGCGUGAGUGGGGUCUAAACGAGAAGGUUUUUCAGCGGUCCCCAUCCAAUACCGCGGGUGGAUUGGGCAGUCCAGUUGGCCUCUCUCCUGAAGAACCACUUGAGCUUCCACCACUUGGAGAAGGCCUAGGGCCAUUUGUUCAGACCAGUAAUGGAGGGUUCUUGCGCUCUAUGGACCCUGAGAUUUUCAGGAAUGCUAAAAGUGGAGGGAAUUUGAUUAUGCAGGUUUCUAGUCCGGUUGUUUUACCUGCAGAAAUGGGUUCUGGCAUCAUGGAUGUAUUACAAUGUUUGGCUUCAGUUGGUAUUGAAAAGCUUUCAAUGCAGGCAAAUAAGCUGAUGCCUUUGGAAGAUAUAUCUGGAAAGACCAUGCAACAAAUAGCUUGGGAAGCCACACCCACUUUGGAGGCACCAGAGAGGCAAGCUUCAUUGCAGCAAGAGGCAGCAGUUGGACAAGUUGCACCAGAUCACCCCAACAUACAAUCGUCUGGUCGCAGGUCAAGAAAAUAUGAAAUGGGUGUGGCAGAUCCAGAAUAUGCAUCCCUGGAGGACCUUGCUCCGUUGGCAAUGAACAAGAUUGAAGCCCUCUCAAUCGAGGGAUUAAGAAUACAGUCCGGCAUGUCCGAUAAGGAUGCACCUUCAAACAUCAGCCCCCAAUCCAUUGGUGAAAUAUCGGCUCUUGAGGGUAAACGAAUCAAUUUUAAUGGGUCUUUGGGUUUGGAAGGAACUGGAGGACUGCAGUUAAUGAAUAUUAAGAACAGCAUCGAUGGUGGCGGUGAUGAUGAUAUUGAUGGAAUAAUGGGUUUAUCUGUUACCCUUGAUGAAUGGAUGAGAUUGGAUUCUGGUGAAAUGGAGGAUGGUGAUGAAAUGAGUGAAAGAACUUCAAGAAUUCUUGCUGCCCAUCAUGCUAGUGAUCUAAUGCGUGCAAGAAGAGGUAAAGGCUCAAAGAAAGGCGGUCUCUUGGGGAACAAUUUCACUGUGGCGUUAAUGGUUCAGCUUCGUGACCCUUUAAGAAACUUUGAGCCUGUUGGCACUCCAAUGCUUGCUCUUGUUCAAGUUGAGAGAGUCUUUGUCCCACCAAAACAGAAGAUUCCCAGUUCUAUUUAUGCGUUAUGGAAAAAACCCGAAGAAGAAGAAAAAGAUGAGGUUCAAGAGGAGAUGAAGGUGAAGGUUGAAGAAGAGAAGAUUCCUGUUGAAGAAAGUGUUUCGGUUCCUCAGUUCAAGAUUACAGAAGUUCAUGUUGCAGGUGUGAAAACGGAGCCAAGUAAGAAGCAGAUUUGGGGUUCUAACACGAAACAACAACAGGCUGGAUCGCGAUGGUUGGUUGCAAAUGGAAUGGGGAAGAAGAACGCUAAGCAUCCACUUAUGAAAUCGAAAGCUGCUGGUGCUUCUGAUAAAUCUUCUUCUGGUAGUUUAUGGAGCAUCUCAUCAAAGGGGAAGAAGGGAUCAAUGAAGGUAGAUCCACCUGUAAGGAACCCAAAUGUAAUCCUACCCAAUGAAACAGUCAAGUUACUUAGUGGAGUAGGGUUUGUAUAGAGUGAUGAUGGUGAAUCUCACUGGGUGAGUCAGUGGUCAGCACUUGGUUACAAAUUUUAUCAAUUGCUUUGACCAUUUCUAUUGAACUAAGAGUUUGUUUGAUCAGAAAGUGGAUUCACAAAACCUCUCCAAAUCCUCAAGUUGGUUUCCUCAAAGUGCUUGAGAAGUGGAAGGAAUGCCUUUUGUUGUUUGC